UUUCUUUCUAUUCAAUCUUUUCAUAUUUCACUAUCAAAGCUCACAAUGUCUUCCAUCCGCUCUACUGGUCGUGGCAUUCGCCUUCUGGCUGCCAAUUCGCGUUCUCGCAGCGUAACCCUGCUGUCACAACCCCUCAUUGCUGCGCCGCGCGUUCUCCGCUCCGCCGCUGCCUCUCCGACUUCUACUGCUCGCCCUCGUCUUGCAAUUGCUCCGUUGCGCGCAAACGGAGGCUUGCGCCAUGCAUCCUCUUCAGCCUCUACCGGCUCGCUGAAGCAAACGCAAUUAUAUGACGUCCAUGUUGCAAACGGCGCAAAGAUGGUUCCUUUUGCGGGGUUCUCUAUGCCCCUCCAAUACUCUGACCUGAGCCAUGUUGAGAGCCAUCACUGGACCCGCGAAAAGGCCAGUUUGUUUGACGUUAGCCACAUGGUUCAGCACCACUUGAGCGGCCCCGGUGCCCUGGAAUUGCUCAUGAAGAUCACACCCUCCUCUCUUGACAAGCUCAAGCCCAACACGUCGACCCUUUCUUGCCUCCUCGAAGAUGGCACAGGCGGUAUACUCGAUGACACUGUGAUCACCCGUCUGUCCUCUGAUACUUUCUACUUUGUCACCAAUGCCGGCCGCCGCGCUGAAGACCUUGCCUUCCUCCAAGCUGAGAUCGACAUCUACCGGUCCACUCACGGCCCUGAGUCUAUCAACUGGGAGAUUCUCGAUGACCGCGCUCUCGUUGCCCUGCAGGGCCCUCUGGCUGCUUCUGUCCUCCAGCCUCUGGUCAAGGACUCUGACCUCAGCACCCUCUACUUCGGCAACUGCCGGUCGAUCACCCUGAUCUUCCCCGAUGGAACCACGAGCGCGGAGCCCCUUCUGGUCUCUCGCACCGGCUACACGGGUGAGGACGGGUUUGAGAUUAGCAUUCCCACUGCCAAGGAUUCAUCCCUUCCCCGCCGCGUCACAGAACUCCUUUUGUCGAACCCCGAGCAGGUGCGUCUUGCUGGUCUCGCCGCCCGUGACUCUCUCCGCCUCGAGGCAGGCAUGUGUCUGUACGGGAGCGACAUCUCUACCUCGCAGACGCCUCCCUCCGCAUCCCUGACCUGGCUUGUGGGCAAGGAGCGUCGCGAUCCCGCCACCGCCAAAUUCAACGGCGCUGCUACGAUCCUUCCCCAGGUCGCGUCCCCUGCCAAGACCCUUUCCCAGCGCCGGGUGGGAUUCACCGUCGAGAAGGGUUCCCCUGCUCGCGAAGGCGCUGUCAUUGUGGAUCUGAACGACGAGUCCCGCGCGCAGAUCGGAGUGAUCACCUCCGGUCUGCCCAGUCCGUCGUUGGGAGGUGUAAACAUCGCGAUGGGCUACAUCAAGAAUGGCUUGCACAAGAAGGGGACCGAGGUGGGGGUGCUGGUCCGGAAUAAGGUCAGAAAGGCCACGGUCACGGGGAUGCCGUGGGUUGAGAGCAAGUUCUACCGGCCCAAGGCUUGAGACUGGCCAACCAUUUUCUUCUUGGUGAAGGACUCGUUACAUGGAUAGACAUUAGGUGUUUUCAGCGUCUGUUUUUGUUUCAUCUGGGUGAGAUAUUUUAGAUUCCCCAGUGUCUUGUUUUGCGAUGAUGGUAUGACGUUAAGUCCGGUUUGUACUGUACAUACAAAGUUUAUGUUUUGGCUCUCUGCAUGUUUAGCUUCAACCAGUGGAUCUUCGAGGCUCACCGCUGGGUGAUUUCAACUUCUGCCUCAGCAAUUAAGGAUCAAUCUGAAUUUC